GCUGCAAUGCGAGAGCCAUUUAUCAACUCAGAGAGAACAAAUAAAAUUAAAUAAAAUAUAAAAAGAGAGAUAGAAGGAGAUAGAGAGAGAAACCAAGAAAGAGAAGAGAGAUUGGUUGAAAGGGUCCUUCCAAGGUAGAGAGAGAUACAGAGAGAGAGAGAGAGAGGUUUUGGGAAUUGGUGUUGCUUCUUCGUGUGCGUUAAUUUGCUCGCACGGUUUGAGGAUUUUGUGGUUGGAUUCUGCAACAGUGAAGAGAAGCGGAGGCUCCGAUCUUGCCAUGUGGUGUGCGAGAGAUCUGUGAGGAACUCAACGGAAAAAAAAUGGCGUCGUCGGAGGUAUCGAUCAAGGGAAAUUCGGUGAACGGUAAAGGAGAGAACAGUUCCGGUGGCUUCAACGGUGGCAACGAUGUUAGGAACGCUGCAGGAGAGCUUCAGAAUGCUUCUUCCUCACCAUCCGCCAGAGACGCAGAAACAGCGCUUUACCGGGAGCUAUGGCACGCGUGCGCGGGUCCGCUGGUGACGGUGCCUAGAGAAGGAGAGCGCGUGUUCUAUUUUCCUCAAGGACAUAUUGAGCAGGUGGAAGCGUCGACAAAUCAGGUAGCGGAACAGCAUAUGCCGGUUUACGAUCUACCACCGAAGAUCCUUUGUCGGGUCAUCAACGUCAUGCUCAAGGCGGAGCCAGACACAGACGAGGUGUUUGCUCAAGUAACCUUACUUCCCGAGCCAAAUCAAGACGAGAAUGCGGUGGAGAAGGAGGGUCCCCCGGCACCGCCUCCUCGGUUUCACGUCCAUUCGUUUUGUAAAACGCUUACGGCUUCUGAUACGAGUACACACGGUGGAUUUUCGGUGUUGAGACGACAUGCUGAUGAAUGCCUUCCCCCGCUGGACAUGUCAAAGCAGCCACCUACCCAGGAGUUGGUGGCCAAGGAUCUGCACGGGAACGAGUGGCGAUUCAGGCAUAUUUUUCGGGGUCAACCGCGUAGACACUUGCUUCAAAGUGGUUGGAGUGUUUUUGUCAGCUCCAAGAGGCUGGUUGCUGGGGAUGCGUUUAUAUUUCUAAGGGGUGAGAAUGGGGAACUUCGCGUUGGUGUUAGGCGUGCAAUGAGGCAGCAGGGUAACGUUCCGUCCUCGGUUAUCUCGAGCCACAGUAUGCAUCUUGGUGUUCUUGCAACUGCUUGGCAUGCCAUAUUGACUGGAACCAUGUUUACCGUGUAUUACAAACCUAGGACUAGUCCAGCGGAAUUUAUAGUUCCUUAUGAUCAAUACAUGGAGUCCCUAAAAAAUAAUUACACCAUCGGGAUGCGCUUCAAAAUGAGGUUUGAAGGUGAAGAGGCUCCCGAGCAAAGAUUUACCGGUACCAUUGUGGGAAUUGAAGAUGCUGAUCCAAAAAGGUGGCCUAACUCCAAAUGGAGAAGUCUUAAGGUGAGGUGGGAUGAAACUUCUAACGUACGUCGUCCCGAGAGAGUUUCCCAAUGGAAAAUAGAGCCCGCUCUCGCUCCUCCUGCUCUUAAUCCUUUACCAAUGCCCAGGCCUAAAAGGCCUCGAUCUAAUGUGGUUCCAUCAUCCCCUGAUUCCUCUGUUCUUACCCGUGAAGCAUCAUCCAAAGUGAGUGUAGACCCUUUGCCAGCAAGUGGAUUUCAAAGGGUCUUGCAAGGUCAAGAAUUAUCGACCUUGAGAGUAAAUUUUGCCGAAAGCAACGAAUCUGAUACGGCAGAGAAGUCUGCAUGGUCAUCUGCUGCAGACGAUGAAAAGAUUGAUGUUGUUUCCACCUCUAGAAGGUAUGGAUCAGAGAGCUGGAUGUCAAUGGGAAGGCAUGAACCAACAUAUCCAGAUCUGCUUUCUGGCUUUGGGGUUCAUGGAGAUCAGGCUUCCCAUCCAUCAUUGGUUGAUCAAAAUGGUCCUGUAGCUAACCUUAGUAGAAAACAUUUUUUCGACCGCGAAGGCAAACAUAAUAUUCUCAGUCCAUGGCCUGUAGUGCCAUCUAGUCUAUCACUCAAUCUCUUGGACUCUAAUACAAAAGGCUCUGCUCAUGUUGGUGAUACAACUUCUCAAGUUCGAGGGAGAUUUGGCAGUGCAUUUGGUGACUAUACUGUGCUUCAUGGACACAAAGUUGAUCAUUCACAUGGAAACUUUUUGAUGCCACCACCACUGUCAACUCAAUAUGAGAGUCCUCGUUCUAGAGAACUGUUACCCAAACCAAUAUCAGGAAAACCUUCCGAGGUAUCAAAACCGAAGGACAGUGACUGUAAGUUAUUUGGCAUCUCACUUCUUAGUAGCCCCAUUGCUCUGGACCCUUCUGUGUCACAAAGGAAUGUUGCAAUCGAGCCACUUGGUCACAUGCAUACUACACAUCAACACCGCACAUAUGACAAUGACCCGAAGUCUGAGAAUUCAAGGGGAUUGAAACCGGCUGAUGGUGUGCUGAUUGACGACCAUGAAAAGCCUACGCAAACUUCUCAGCCACAUCUGAAAGAUGUUCAACCCAAAUCUAAUAGUGGUUCUGCCAGAAGUUGCACUAAAGUUCACAAGAAAGGGAUUGCACUUGGUAGGUCGGUGGACCUCACAAAAUUCAGUGCAUAUGAUGAAUUAAUUGCUGAAUUGGAUGAAUUAUUUGAAUUCGGAGGUGAAUUAACCUCUCCUCAAAAAGAUUGGCUUAUUGUCUACACUGAUAAUGAGGGCGAUAUGAUGCUUGUUGGUGAUGAUCCGUGGCAGGAAUUUGUUGCUAUGGUGCGAAAAAUUUAUAUCUAUCCCAAAGAGGAGAUUCAGAAAAUGAGCCCGGGUACCUUAAGUUCAAAGAACGAAGACAAUCAAUCGGGUAGUGAAGGUGCAGACGGUCAACAAGAAAAUAAAUGUCAGCUGAAUCAUUCAGCUUCGGAGGCCUGAUAAUUCGUAUAGAUUUUGAUUUCCAUAGCUUCCAGAUUCCGAACUGGAGUGAGUGGAAAGUAGUAGGUGACUGUCAUAAAGCCAUCCCCAGUUGGAGAAUAUGACCUGAAGAAGAAAAUUCUAAUUCUGGAUCUGACUGUUUUAUAAAGUGACUGCAUGUGUUUGGAAUCAGAAUAUGGAUGGCAUGGAGGAGUAUCCAUCCAAUUUUGGACCUCGUCGUUGAAGUAGUAGUAUUAGUAUAUAUGCCUUCCCUGUUAGAAACUCCUAGUAUAGUAGUAUGUAAUUUCCUACCCUGUACAUAGUUUUACUCUCUGCUUCCUUAGAACCCGAACUCAUUAAUGUAAUUAAGUUCUUCAUAUACAAGGGCGGUGAUCUGAUUUUAAAUAUGAUUGUCUCUUAUUUUAGUGGGGUAGUUUGUGGCAGUAUUGUGAACUCUUGGAAAAUCACUGGAUAUUUAAAUAUUGAUUGAUAUGCUUUUGGGGAUGUAUAA